AUGGCCGCUGUCUCCAAGACAUCCCGACCUCCGAACCACGAGCCAUUGUCAAACGAGGCCAGCUCUCAAACUAUCACACACAAAGCCAACCCCAACCCUACCAGUGCUAAUCCACGAUCCACCGCUACUACCACCACCACUUCCAGCACUCCUCCUUCUGCUGCAACUACCAUUGCCACCACCACUGCAUCAUCAUCGACCGAUCCCUACCACGCUCAACAACACCACCAACAACAACAGGCCCCCUCGGUGAAGCGUCCGAAUUAUCGCUCUCAUCACCACUCGCCUUCUACCAGUUCUCUCUACAAACUUCAGCGGUCUGGUGGUAUUUUCGGCUUCGCUGCUGCCGCCUUUGACAAGACCCAAUCUGCACUCGCUGCCUUCUCCUCGGACCAGUCUGUCCGCCAGCGCGCCUCCAGUUCCGCAUUGGGCCGCGCCUCUUUGACCCCCGACUCUGUCUCCGACUACUCUGCCAAUCUGGGCUCUCAAGACAAAUACCCACGAUAUACGAGCCCCUCCAAUUACUCGUCUUCUUCCAGCAGCACCCUGAACAACAUAGAGGGCAAGUACCCAAGCCAGGUGUCGCUGGUACAGGAUAUCCCCUCUCAGCCAUAUAGCGAGACCGAUCCGACCAGGCCCCUUCCCAUUCGAUUGCCGAGUAUUGAAAGCAAAAUGCACCAAACCUCCUCGCGGCUUCUCCGCAUGACGGAUGACGACCGGCCAUUCACAAAGGACUUCAAGGAUCUCUACUCAACACUGAUUGUCAGCCUUUUGCCUUUGUCCGCACACCGAGUACGCUUAACACGUGUGGAAAACACGUUCUUGUCCGAAGAUGCGAUCAACAACUUGGGAUCCCUCAAGUUUUCCCAAUCCAACCGUAUGCCCGACCCCAAAGACCCCUCUAGGAUAGUCACGACGACCACAACGACGACCUUCUCCAUGGCCAAGGACAUGGCACGCUCCAUUUGCCAAAAGUUCCUCGAAGCGAGAUUUAUCGAGUCGGCCGACGGAAAGUACCAGCAGGUGUACAACAUGAAGGGUUCCGUGUGGCAAUUGACGCCCAAGGGCGUGACCGUGUUGGAUCGCUUCUGCUCACGCAAUGGUAUCCAACAAAAGUCGAUAUCCGACCUGGUCGGCGCGACCCUGUCGCAACUCGUCAUUCUCGAGCGGGACGGCCAGACGGACAAGCUCAUCACGGAUCGCGGCACAAUUGAGUCGAGCGUCAGCUCAGCCGAUUCAGACUCACUUAGCGACUACAAGGAUGGCUUGACUGGUGUCAAGAUGGCUAGCGAGCGUAAGGUGAACGGCAAGACGUACAAAGAUACUUUUACUGGCAAGGCCGCCACUGAUUGGUUGAUGGACUGCUGCACAACCGUAGACAGGCGGGAGACGUACGACAUCGCGUCCCUGUUCGUGGAGUACGACUUGGUGGAGCCCGUGGUACAAGACCGUGCUCAUAUGGCACAAUAUCCCAGCAACAACCUGUUCCAGCCCACAAAGCAUGCCAUUUACCAAUUGACGGCAAAGGGCAAGGAUCUGAUCAACGGUCUCGGUUCGCGGGGAAGAAGGUCAGAAAGCGAGGUCGUCGCACCCUCUCGCAACGCUAUCGCGCGAGACUCCAACACCCAACGGUUGGACAAGAUUCUCAACGACGCAGCCCUUCGCCUGCUGUUCAGAGAAAACCUGCGCGAAACACAUUGCGAGGAGAACCUUUCUUUUUACCUGGACGUCGAUGACUUUGUUCGGAGCUGCCGGCAGGCGAUUCGUGUCGCGCAGAAGAACCCCAACGCGAGCUCAAUGGACGGCAUCAAGGAGAUCAUGGCCCAGGCGUACGGGAUUUAUAACGCAUUCCUCGCCCCCGGCUCUCCCUGCGAGUUGAACAUUGAUCAUCAGCUUCGCAACAACUUGGCGACCCGAAUGACCAAGGCUGUCGGACAGGAUGUAGCCAUGAUCGACACACUGCAGGAAGUCAUGUCCUUGUUCGAGGAUGCUCAGAACGCAGUUUUUAAACUGAUGGCAAGCGACUCGGUUCCCAAAUUCCUGAGAAGCCCCAAGUAUGAGCACACCCUGAAGAACUACGAUUUCGACUCAGUCACCGGCGGCGGCCGCGGCUUGGAGCGAAGCACGAGCCGAUCGAACCGCAAAUGA